UGAACAUUCUCCUCCUUCCAUAAUGUCGGCCGCGAUGCUGCGCAACUUCAAAAGAGAGGAGAAGGUAUGAGAGGAUGGUGACGUUCCUCCGGCCGCUCCCUCACGCCCAUGGACCGACCGCCGUCGACGUUCGCAUCCGGAGAAGCCACCGCCUCCAUUCGCCGUCGUCGUUGCUCCCCUGCCGCUGCGGCUGCCUCACGCCCAUGGCAGAGGACCCCUCGCACCCCCACCAGCCAACAAGGAAGGACGACACUGUCCCGACCUCACAACAGCAACCAGAGCAGCAGCUGCCGCCAGCGCCAUCUCCGCCGCCGCGCGACGUCCAGGAACCAAGUACGACCAGUAGCAGCUGCGGUGACACCAGUUCCUGGCUGCAGCUCGGUACCGGACAGUCGGCUUCAUCGUCUUUGCGCGGGAAACGGACAAGAAACGACUAUGAAGCUGGACCCUCGUCGUCCAUACAACCGGACGCUUCGCCGUCGCUGUCAGAGCUAGGGCUGUCUCUGUUCCCAGCUGGUUCUUGGUCGCCGUCGGUGGCGGCGGGUUCAGUGGUGGUGGCGGCACCUCCUCUAGCGCAGGAGGCCGGCACAUGGUUCGUGCUCCAGGCGGCGCAUAACCAGAGAAGGGAGCCGCCAUUGCCGCAGGUGCACAGGAGCUACUUGAGGGUUAGAGACGGGCGGAUGACAGUUAGAGUAGUGAUGGGGUACCUGGUUAGCAAGCUGGGUCUUGAGGACAAUUCACAGUUAGAGAUUACUUGUCAAGGUCACAACCUUCUCCCGGUGAUGACAUUGCGGCACGUGCGAGACACUAUUUGGCGCCCCCCACUAGCAGAGGAUGCAGAAAUUUUGCCAGUCACUGGCUCGCCCAGCACGAAUCAGGUCAUGACAUUGCAUUAUGGCAGGAGAUAACACUUGAAGAAUGGAACACUUAUAGACACAACUACCUUUUUCAUACUGUAAUUAGUUUUUUCACCAACCACAGGCACUAAUACCCUAUUUUCCCCAUUUCCUAACACCUAAUCUUCACUAAGAUUUUUAGCAUCCCACUAUCUUCACUAAGAAUAACAGAUUAUACUAGGUAACUCCCAAUUGUAAGUGUACUUGAGAAAUACGAGAAAUGAUUUAUUUCUUAUUUAUUUAACUACAAUAUAUUAAAUUUGGUCCCAUGCUCUACAUUGAUUCAGAAAACGAAAGUUUCGUAGUAUCAGAUGGUCUUUCAAGGUUUUAAUAAAAGAAAAGAUUGAAACAUAAGGAAGGCACAGUAUCCACGACUGCAAUGUAGCACAAUGGAUAGAUCAUGAAGCAGCAUCCUAUAGUAUUUAAAAUCAAUGAAAGAUAUUGAAAAGAGAAAGUAGGAAGUCAACAUCAUGGACAAAGAAGUGCCAAAUAUUACUACCAAGUGAAUACACAGUUGAGAGCCUUACAACCAAGCAUAGAGAGUAUGACAUGUGCUUUAGUACACCCUCUUUUAAAAGCUUUAAAACUUUGAUGCAGAUGAGUGGGUGAGAUUAAAACUUACCUCUUGACAAAAAUAGUAUUAUAGUCUUUUAUAAUGAUGGCAUUGUAGUAUUUCUUCCAUGGAUAAAUCUAUGGCCCAACUAUAUACGUUCUCUUCAUCUCUUACGUACACAAUAACUUCUGUCUUAAAAAUUGAGUCAUCCGGUCCGAACUCGCACAACUAUUGGAUGCACCCUUCCUUGAUUUUCCUUUAGUCAUGUAGUCGCACACUCUCAUUCCCUCCCAUAACCGCAUCUCCACUCCUCCUUGCACACAAAGCACACCACUAUGUGAGCUCGUCGCACCAUGUGGUUUGCUCAUAUCAUCCCCCAAGGCCGCAAUAGUAACACCACCCGACAGCGAGGUCACGCAGGUCCAUCACCAUAGUUGCAGCACGUUGUCCAAAUUAUCUUGUCCUCCCAAUGCUAGUCGCAACAGGGGCCGACCCUGGUGGCAGCGUCGCACAUAGAGAAGCCACUAUCGCGGCGUUAUCAUCAGGCCGUUUCCAGCACGUCAUGACCGCAGUCAAAGCGUCUCUCUGCACCAGUUACAUCAUAUGGGUGACAUAAUCGUAGCAACGACCGGGGUCGGUUCCAGCAUCUCGCGCCAUUUAUCCUAGCAGAGGUCGCCGCCGUUCCAGAACCACCCCUCAUCGAAUGCAAUUCCAGGCAUAGCCAAUUGCAGCUCGCAGUUAAGAUAAUUCCAAUAUCCUAUGCCACCCAUCGUAGCAUAGUGUAAUCGUCGUUCUAGCACGACGGCGUGGGCUUGCAGUAGCUCCCCUCACAGGUUCAACUGCACAUGCAUGUGGUUGGAGCAAGUAGCCUUGGCGAUUCAAGCAUGGUGCCUCCCUGGCAUAGAGUGUGCAACAAGACAUAGCGGUCGUCGCGCACGAGGACAUCAAUGUCACGCCACCGGUCGAGGUUGUUGAACUUGUUGGUCGUAGGCCAUCAUCGGUAGUCGCACCAUGGUCGCUGGUGGGUCCCCAUGACAGCCCCCAAGGGUCCCCGUGGCAGCGCCAGAUGUGGCAAUAGUAGAAUGUCACGGCUCGCAGAGGACUGAGCUGGAUUUGCGGCAGCCCACGUGUUUGUACAACCAAAAGUAACCCUAAUUAUUAUAGUGCCUAUUAUUAUUUUUUGUGCAUCAUCGUGGCAUCAUCAACAUUGCAUUGGUAGCACAUUGCCUUUGUACGGUAUUAUGCGGGUGUUUUUAUUAAACUUAUAACCCUAUUUUAUUUCAUGGUUCUGUAGAAACGUGAAUAGUACCCCUAGUCAUCUGACCUUCUCCUUGGAGCCCAACUAGACACUUCGCACAUGGUCGUGCGAUGCGAUUCAAAUUAUUUUACAAAUGUUAAUUAAAUGUUAUCAAAAUGAGUCAAAAGUUUGUGUGUUGUCUUGUUACAGUAUAUCGAGGCCGCAUGCCAAAUUUCAUCUGAAUAGGAGUCGAUUUUAUACAUGAACGCUUGAAUAUAUGAGGUGUAGUAGUGAAUUAAAUAAAUAAACAUUUUUUGCUAAAUGAAAUGGCAUGGACUAUUUUUCCUAUUUCCUAAAUAGCCCAACAAUCUAACAUAAGCUACUUAAGUCAUCCCACCCUUUCAUAUAUGAAUGAUCAUUCUCUAGCAAAAAUGACAGCUUUCAUAGAUCAAAUUAGGAUUCCUAGUCUCCAAUUUGAAAAUACCCUAUUAUCCGAUGAACGUUAGCUGGGAGGGGUGGCAUUUGCGGAUAUUUUGAUGGUAGUUUAAUUAUUUGAGGGUUACCAGUUUUUUCAGAAUAGCACAAUAGCUUUUGCAAAGAAGAUUUAAAAAAACAAAGAGAAACUACGAUCAUUUGGUCACACGUCACAACUGACAAUAUCAGCAAAACGAUAUUCAUUUGUCAUUAUUUUUCUAGAAAAGGUUAGCCAGAUAACAUUACAAAAUUCCCAAACCUAGUCCUUCACUAGAUCUGCACUGUCAUAUCAUCCAAGGGCUCACAGCGCCUCGACCCCACACCGGACAUGUCCGCCAGUGGGCAGCGGCCAACGCCCCGUGUGCCUCGCCAGAUCUCUCACGCCCACGCCCGAGCUCCUCCUGAGGUGCACAUCAAACUACUCGACUCUGCCCCAGAUCUCCCUCACCCCGCUGCAGUUCUGCAUGCCGCCGCCUUUCCACCUUGCCGGACCGUCACCAAUGCUCGCCUGUAAGCCGCACCGUCUAAUGAGGACAUCAAUACCAUUGUUACACCCAUAGCCCCUACUGCUACAUAUACGGGACCAAUUACUAGAGCUCGCGCACGCCAAUUAAAUUAUCAGGUACUUUCGUUUCUUGGUAAUGAUUCUAAUGUUCAUGAG